AUGACAGCAACAAACAACAGCAACAACUAUAUCGUUUCUGAUGAAAAAGUUAUUGAUUCAUUAGCUGAGGAAUUAGUUGUGGCAGAAACUAAAACCCUCAACGAAAGAAUUGGUGAAAACAGGAUUGAUUUACAUAACUACCUCAAACAUGAUGGAGGAAGAGGAAGGAAAACUGGCAUGGCUUUAUUAGUAAAUAAAAUUUCAAAUUUAACGAUUAUAGAUGUUGAUAUCAAUAAAUCGUACAAUGAUGAACUUAAAGAAACAGUUAGAAAAGACAUUUUAUCAAAACUUUCGGAUAAAGAUGUUAUCGUUAAAACCGCUUCAGGAGGUCUUCACAUUUAUUGCAACACUAAUUUCUUCUAUGCAGUUUCGAACAGAAUGAUUAAAUGUUAUUCCUGCAAUGAUUAUGAUAUUGAUAUAAUGACUUCAAUGGAUGAUUCAAAGCGUUCUUUAGUGGUUAUGGCUGAUUCAAGAGUUCGCAAGAAUGCAACAGAACCAAUCAAUACAUACUCAUUCAUUCGUGGAAGUUAUGAUUCAACAUUAACUAGAACAGUGAAUGAUAUAUUAAAUGAUUUGAAUAUUAAGGUAAGAGUUGAACAGAAGAAUGAAGAAAUAAAGACUAUCAUGAAUGAAAACAAAGAUGUAAACAUUGACGAUAAACUAGCUCAGAGCAUAGUUGAUGGCAUCUGUGAUUUUGAAGUACAUAAUGACGGUGGAAACAUGAAUUUAGAAAAAGAAAUAACAUUAUUCACACUGUUUCAAGCUAUUAAUUCGUUACCUAAUCAUUUAAUUAAUGAAGCAUACGAUAACGUUUAUAACUUCUGCAGUUUAACAGAAAAUGCAAAAAGUAAUUUUGAAAAAGCACGUAGUAGAUAUGCACAUUUAAUGACUUCUCCAUUUGUUUUAGUGAAGAUUCUAAAACUAUAUCAAAAGGAAUAUUAUGAUGAAUAUGUUUUACCUUUAUUACGUAAGCCAAAAAUAACAUUUGAUAUCAAACUUGAUGA